GCAACGUUUUGGCACCACAACUCUCCUGCGUUCAGUUCAGAUCCGCUAUUUUCGCGUGAGAGAAAUCGUGGGCGACGGCGUGCGUCCCUGAGUACGUCGUCUGCGUUGUCGAUCGCCACCGAGCUGCACCACCGGCAGCCGACGGCAACAAUUGGUAUCGGAGCCAGGUAGGCCCAAUGCAUUUUCAGACAAAUCUUGGCUCACAAUGUGUGAGGGGGAGAUUGUUGGGAAUAGUCCCACAUUGUGUGGUGAGGGUGUGGUAGCAUGGUUUAUAAGGUUGAGGGUGCAACCCCCUAUCAGGCUAGCUUUUUGGGGGGAGUGUUGGCCCAAGAGACCUAAAGCCCGCUGCUAUACGUGCGGGCGCGUGUGUCGCGGCCCGACAGCCUGGAUGGACGCGCCGUGUGUGCCGGCCCCGACGGACACGCCGUGUGUCGGGCGGUCCGGUUCCAACAAUUGGUAUCAGAGCCAGGUAGGCCCAAUGCAUUUUCAGACAAAUCUUGGCUCACAAUGUGUGAGGGGGAGAUUGUUGGGAAUAGUCCCACAUUGUGUGGUGAGGGUGUGGUAGCAUGGUUUAUAAGGUUGAGGGUGCAACCCCCUAUCAGGCUAGUUUUUUGGGGGAGUGUUGGCCCAAGAGACCUAAAGCCCGCUGCUAUACGUGCGGGCGCGUGUGUCGCGGCCCGACGGCCUGGAUGGACGCGCCGUGUGUGCCGGCCCCGACGGACACGCCGUGUGUCGGGCGGUCCGGUUCCAACAGCCGCAGCCUCGUCCAAGCUCAUCGCCGGGACCGCGUGCGCGACGUCGGCGGUCUGGCACGACGCCUGCUUCCUCCGGUACUCGGUCCGCGACACCGGCCGGUUCCGCGAGGACGAACACACGGAGACCGUGUUCAACGCGAGCCGCGCGCUGUCGUCGUUGCCGCCGCAUGUCGGCGCCAACAAAGCGGCGGUGAGGCGCCUACUCGCCGCCGUCGUCGCGGACAGCACGAGGAGCGGCCACAUGUGCAGCGACAUCGGUGUAGGCACUGGUGGGACGACUGCGGCAGGCGGCGGCCGGAUCUACGGGCUCACGCGGUGCCUCGGCGGUGCCUCGGCCGGAUCUACGGAUCUACGGGCUCACGCGGUGCCUCGCCGCCGGGAUCUCGUGCGCCGACUGCCGCCGCUGCCUCGGCGGCGCUCUCGCGGUGGUAGAGCGGGAGUACAACGGCAGCGCGGGGAUGCAGGUCCUGCGGCUCAGCUGCAUGGCCAGGUACGAGAGCUACCCCUUCUACAACACCAAGUCCUUGGCCCGGCGAUCGCUGGCGUCGGCGAUGAUCGAUUACUUCCCCUUAAAUGUAUCAUCAUCCUUUCCUGCGAGUGUGGGGGGUGUACAACCCACACCAGCGCCUCCUGGCGGUCGUAACCCAUCGCCUUCACCGCCUGCACAAGCACGAGCAUCACCUGCACCAGCAGCACCGUUGAACAUCUCCGGGCCUGCAACUGCGACUCCGAGAGCUGCACAACCCACCCCAGCGCCCCCUGGCGGUCGUACUCGUACCCCACAGCAUGCAGCUGCCGCAACGAAUGAUCAAACGGCCUCCGGAUCAUCAGAGAACAAAAGGAAGGAAACUUCGAAUAGAACCAAAUGGCUGAUCGCUUCUAUUGCAACUGGGUUGGUGGCUGCCUUCACCAGCCUCGCACUCACCAUGUCCAUAUGGUACCGGCGGCGAAAACAGCAACUGUAUCAGAGAGGACAUGUCAUAGAUGCCGUGCCCGAGGAUACUAUGCGUGACCUAGAGAAGAAUCAUUUGGACUCCGAAGAAGAAGAAGACGAGGACGGAGGAAGAACGAGCUACCAGCUCUACAACUACCUGGUUCUUGAGGCUGCUACAUGUCGCUUCUCAAGUAGAAACAAGCUAGGGAGCGGUGGAUUUGGAACGGUAUACAAGGGCACGCUUGAGAAUGGGAAGGAAGUAGCAGUGAAAAGGCUCAGGGACUCCAAGAGGACGAUACAAGAACUAGAGAGGGAGAUCUCCAUUGUGGCUAGCUUGCGCCAUAAGAACAUCGUGAGGUUUUUAGGCUACUGCUUCCAAGAGGAAGGGAGGUUCUUCAUCUACGAGUACGUGCCUAAUAACAGCCUUGAUAAGUUUUGGUACAAAGCAUCUUCUCAAUGGCACCAGAGGCUAGAGUGGGCUACAUGGUUCAACGUCAUCUUAGGGGUUGCUCGCGGCCUUAAGUUUCUCCAUGACAAGGGGAUUAUUCACCGGGACCUCAAGCCACACAAUGUACUUCUCGACCAUAACUUCAACCCAAAGAUCGCCGAUUUUGAUCUCUUGAGGAUGUAUGAUCAACAGAAAACUCAUGAGAGCACCGAGAAGGCCGCUGGAACAUUCGGGUAUAUGGCACCAGAGUGCACAUCCGGACGAAAAUUGCUGCUUUCAAUCAAGUCCGACGUGUACAGCUACGGGGUGUUGGUGCUGGAGAUCAUCACCGGCCACAAGAUCUACACUUUCGAAGGCCAAAACUCUGAAGGCCUCGUCGAAUACGUGUGGCAGCACUGGACGGAGAAGAGAGCGAGCGACGUCGUGGAUUGCGACUUGGGCAUGGAAGGGCAGGAGCACGGGCCAUGGCAGGCGCUGCGGUGCGUGCACGUCGCGCUUCUCUGUGUGCAGUCGGAUCGGUCGAGGCGGCCAACUAUGGGGCAGGUCAUCGCCAUGCUUAGCAGUGGCGAUGACGGGACGGAGGAGCUACCGGAGCCAUCCCGGCCUGCCUGGGUACGUCGUCCAUCCAACGACGGUGUCAAGUUUUCAGCUGUGCUUCGGGUGCAGGUAGCACCGCUUGAUGACGUCCCUCCAUCAACAAAAUGGAUGGGAUUCUUGCAUGGCUUAGAUUUGAUCGAUUAUGAACUAAACAUAUUUAUAUUUAUGAUAUUAAUUUAAAAUUAUCAGAUUAGCUAUGAAACAUAUUUUUAUAAUAGAAUGAUUUAGAGUUAUACUA